AGCGUUACCCUUCACUUCAUCACGAUCGAGUUCUCCGUUCACCUAAAGCUAGCGCAUACAUAGUUCAGAGGAGAGAUUGAACAAGAAGAAGGUUUUAAGAGGCAAGAUGGAUCGCUACCAGGGUCAGCAGGGCUACGGCGCCAACCAGGUCGACGAGUACGGUAACCCGGUUGCCCGGCAUGGCGCCACCGGCGGCAUGGGAGGAACAUACGAGGCUCCCGGCGCGUUCACGGGCACUGGCGGCGGCCAGGGCCAGGGGCAGCAGUUCCAGCCCACCAACGGCGAGCACAAGACCGGCGGGAUUCUGCACCGCUCUGGCAGCUCCAGCUCCAGCUCGUCUGAGGACGACGGCGUGGGCGGGAGGAGGAAGAAGGGCAUGAAGGAGAAGAUCAAGGAGAAGUUUCCCGGCGGCCACAAGGAAAACCAGCAGCACAUGGCGGCUGGAACUGGAGGAGCCUACGGGCAGCAGCAAGGGUACGGAGGAAUGACCGGCACUGGCGCCGGGGCGCACGGCGUGGACACCGGCGAGAAGAAGGGACUCAUGGACAAGAUCAAGGAGAAGCUGCCUGGCCAGCACUGAGCCGGUAGCUAGCAAGCUCCGGCCGGCCGGCCGGCCUUCGGCUGCUGUUUGAAUAAUGAGAUGAACAAAUAAGAUGUCUGCCGGUGACAUCCAUGUAUUUUAUGCAGUGUCGUGUUUGUUACUGUGUGGUUGUGUACGCUUUGAUUUCACGGAAGCGCAUGUAUCGCACGUGUAUUUGCUUCAUGUUCUGAAUGCACAUAUACAUGCCAAGUUGCGUUGAGCCGCUUCGGAGCACCA